AUGCGGCUGUUGCACACAAGAGAAGUCAAGACAUGCAACUUUGAGGGUUCUGACCGGCCGCCGUAUGCGAUUUUAUCGCAUCGAUGGGGUGACGACGAGAUCAGCUUCCAGGAUGUCCAGGCCAUGCGGGGCAAGUACUGGGCUGCCGCGCUGGACGAAGAACAGGAAAACGCUCUCAUCACGUCCAAGAAGGGAUUUGACAAGCUGGCCAAGUCGGUCCAGCUAGCACAGCGCAGUGGGUUUGAGUACAUCUGGCUUGAUACCUGUUGCAUCGACAAAACGAACAGUGCCGAGUUAACUGAGGCUAUCAACUCCAUGUAUCAGUGGUACGAGACGGCAGAUGUCUGCUACGUCUACCUUGCCGAUGUGAAGCCCGCUUUCGAAGAGGACAUGCAUGCGAAUCCGUCAAGCUUUCGGCAAAGCCUCUGGUUUCGGCGAGGCUGGACUCUCCAGGAGUUGAUUGCUCCCAGUGAGGUUGAAUUCUUUGCCUGGGACUGGAGCUACCUUGGAAACAAGCGGGAGAUGAAGCAGUUCACCGACCUCCUCACGGCCAUCACCCGCAUUCCAAAUGAAGUUCUUUGGGGCGACACCCACCCGUCAGAAGCCAGUGUCGCCUCGCGGAUGAGCUGGGCCGCAACCCGGGAGACGACUCGAGUCGAGGACUUGGCCUAUUGCCUCCUCGGGCUCUUCGACGUCAAUAUGCCGCCACUCUACGGCGAAGGCGAGAAGGCUUUCACUCGACUGCAAGAGCAAAUCUUGUCUCAAAAUGACGACGAGACAAUCUUUUCUUGGCACACUGAAGUGCCCUCGAACGGUGCCUUCUAUGGCUUGCUUGCAGAGCGACCCUCAUACUUUGGCAACUCAUACAACUUGGAGCCGGUUUCCCGCCUAACUCUUGGUGAGCGUGGGGUCAUGACAAGCAAGGGACUAAAGCCCCGGAUGGGACAUCCUCGACGUUUAUCCGAAGACAGGUUGGUCCGAGUCGGGUUUAGAGCUGAGGCCCAGCGACUUUCGCAUAGGCCAGGCGUUUGCGUUGUUGCGGAUCCGGGUCGACGAGUGUGGGACGAUUGA